AUGCCUAUGGGGUGCUUCUCAUUCUCCAAUGGCAACCGAACCGAAAAUAAUAAAAAAACCGUGAAAGUAACUUCCGGGCAUUCGUCUCCAUCGAGAAAAUCGGGUUCCGAAUAUACUUCCCAGAACAUAUCUGAUGCAAGCAGUGCAUCAUCAGCUAAAGUGUCGUUGAGGAGUUUGUCCCAAAGGAGUAGCAAUCUUAGGGUUUUCCUUUUUUCCGAGCUGAAAACGGCCACUCGGAAUUUCAGCCGAUCACUUAUGCUUGGGGAAGGCGGGUUCGGGCCGGUUUAUAGGGGCAUUUUGCGGGAUAUUGUUCAUUCGGAUGUUACAGUUGAUAUUGCGGUUAAGCGGCUUAGCAGCAGGGGAUUUCAGGCAAGAAUAUUCGAACAUCCGAACCUAGUGAAACUUCUCGGUUACUGUGCAGAAGAUGACGAGAGGGGAAUGCAACGUCUUCUAGUGUACGAAUAUAUGCCCAAUAGAAGUGUACAAGACCACAUCUUGGGCCGGGCUCACGCUCCCCUCCCGUGGGCUGCCCGACUGAAAGUAGCCCAAGAUGCGGCUCGUGGACUGGCUUACCUUCACGAGGGCAUGGAAUUUCAGAUUAUAUUCAGAGAUUUCAAGUCGUCAAACAUUCUUCUGGAUGAUCAGUGGAAUGCGAAGCUUUCUGAUUUCGGUUUGGCUCGAUUAGGUCCUGCUGAUGGCUUAAGCCAUGUCUCAACUGCGGUGGUGGGGACCAUGGGAUACGCGGCUCCCGAAUACAUCCAGACGGGCCGCCUCACAUCAAAGAGCGACGUGUGGAGCUACGGAAUCUUCCUCUACGAGCUCAUCACUGGCCGGCGCCCACUGGACCGUAACAGGCCCAAGAACGAGCAGAUGCUACUGGACUGGGUCCGGGCCCACCUCUCGGACAUGAAGAAAUUCGAACAGAUACUGGACCCAAAGCUCGACGGAAGGUACGAGCCCAGGUCAGCCCAGCGGCUGGCGGCCAUUGCCAAUCGGUGCCUGCUUAAGCACCCGAGGAACCGGCCUACGAUGAGCGAGGUCCUCAAGAUGGUUGACCGAGUGGUUGAGUCAACUGUGAUGGUCAACGAGAGUCCGGAUAUUGGGAAUUUGGAGAGGUCUCUGUUGAGGAAAGAGGAUGGGAAGAGUAAGGAGAGUUGGAGGAGAAGGCUGAUUGAUCAUGUGAUUGGGGAUGCUAAUAAGUGUUUGGGGUUGAGAUCAACUUGA